GGUUGCUGGCCAAUUGAAAUAAUUGCAAAUGAACUAUAAUGAAUAGGCAAAAAAAGUUAAUUGAUUUGCACACGCUGUGAGUAAGUUAUAUAUAUACCCACAUAAUUAUAAUCAUAUAUCAGUGACUGACCGCUUGGUGGGUUCUAUAAAUUGAGGGCCCAUGUCGGUUGGAGAAUCAGUUCCAUAUUGCGGCGUCAAACCGAAAAUGCUUCCAAAAUCGCAACUAUUACUGCUCGUUGUCGGGUUCUGCCUGAAUGCAGCCGUUUCUGGUGACGUGGACUGCAGCAAGCGACCACCGUUUGUGAAUCCCAAGACCUGCUGUCCCAUGCCGGAUUUUGUGACCGCCGAAUUGAAGCAGAAGUGCAUAAAGUUUGACAUGACCCCGCCGCCACCCACGGAUGGGGAGGCCAGUGGAUCCUUCGAGAGCAAGCGGCGCCACCACCAUCCUCACCCACCACCGGUAGUACAUCUUAAUUAAAAUUUUAGGAUCACUUAAUCCAGGAUUACCCCUCUUCAGUGCUUCUUCUCCUGCAUCUUCAACGAAACCGGCAUCUAUCAAGACCGGAAACUCGAUCAGGAAAAGCUGACUAGCUAUCUGCAGGUGGUGUUCAAGGACAGCUCCGAUCUGCAGACAACAGCCACCCAGGCCUUCACCACCUGCGCCACCAAGGUGGCCGAGUUCGAGGCCAAUUUACCCGCUCGUCCCGCUCCUUCUCCGCCACCUGGAUUCCCCAUGUGUCCCCAUGACGCCGGUCAUCUAAUGGGCUGUGUGUUCCGUAAUCUCAUGAAGAAUUGCCCCGACUCGAUUCGAAAUGAUUCCCAGGAGUGCAGCGAUAUGAAGGAGUUCUUCACCAAGUGCAAGCCCCCUCGUGGUCCUCCUCCUUCCGGCGAAGAAAUGUAAAGAAACUUAAGGAACCCCAAUUU